AUGUCUUUGCCUAAUAAUAUAUCAUCAUCUGAACAACUAGAACCAUGUUAUAUUUUAAAACUUCUUGGUUAUUAUUUAUUAUUUAUUUGGUUGAUUGGUACAAUUUUAAAUGGUUAUCUAUCAUAUACAUUUAUACGAUACAAAAAUUUACGUCAGUCAUCAACAAAUAUAUUUAUAUUUGGUUUGAUAUUAACAGAUUUUUGUGGAGCUUUGUGCGUAACACCAUUACCAGCUGUUGCGCUUGUGGAAUGCAGAUGGAUAUUUACUUAUGUUAGUUGUGUAAUAUCAGCUAUUAUAGCUUAUUUUACUGGUUGUUCAAAUAUCUAUGUCUUAUGUUUAAUUUCGAUUGAUAGAUAUAUUGUUUUGACAAGAAUGUCUACAACACCAGUUAUAUCAGUUAAACAUGCUUAUAUAAGUAUUUUAUGUGUUUAUUUAUUAGCUUUAUUUUGGUCAUUACUUCCAAUAAUUGGAUGGUCGAAUUAUGACUAUGAAGGCGUUGGAGCAUCUUGUAGUGUAAAAUGGGAAGAACGAUCAUUGAAUGUAACUAGUUAUAAUAUAACUAUAUUUAUAUUUGUUUAUCUAAUACCUGUUAUUAUAAUUAUUAUAAUGAAUUUAAAAUCUUUUCGUGUAAUUCGUGAACGUCGACAUCGUUCACGUAUAAAUUUCAAUGAAUCGUAUUGUCAACGUCAAUAUUUAAUUGAAUGUGGUUUUCUUCUUGCUUGGAGUCCAUAUGCAAUAAUAAGUAUUAUUCGUGCCUUUAUUUAUGAUAAAUAUUUUCCACCAAUUCUUGGAACAAUACCAGCAUUAUUUGCUAAAACAAGUGUUGUAUGGAAUCCUUUAGUUUAUGUUGUACGUAACGGAAAUAUUUAUUAUAAUCUUCGAUAUUCUAGAAGUUAUCAUAUUAAAGAAAGAGAUAAAAUUUCUGAUACACCACGUCAUUCAACUCAGCCAAUUUCAACCGUUCAACUACCAUUAACAUCAAUAUCAAGUUCUCGUGACAGUUAA